ACACACACACACACACUCAUCCAACAGCUGAACAGUUGAAAAACAUUCAGGGCCGAGAAGUGUAGUCGAGUGGGUCAAAAAAAACAUUCAAAAUGUUGAGAGAAUUAAUAAGGGAGCGACUAAUGGCGGCGGCUGAUGAAAUAUCGGCGUGUUUUGAACGAACGAUAGCGCCCUACGAGGAGGAACUUUCUCGAACGAGAGAGGAGAACGAGCGACUUCGACAACAACUGGGAGCUUUAAGCAAGACUCAAAAUGUGUUCGGCGGUGAAGACGCCCAACAGCCCCCCCUCGUUAAGGAGGAAGAGGAGGAACUUUGGAUCACUCGGGAGGAGGGAGAGAGUCUUCUCGUGCCGGAGGAGGCUGAUCUCACCAAGUUGCCACUGACUGUUGUCUCCGUAAAGACUGAAGACCAACCACAAGCUGACCGCCUUUUUGCUCCGCUCUCAGAUAGCGACGGCACAACAUCACGCUCUCCCGAGGUCCAAGACGGCGGCGACACCCGAGGAACUAUGAGCAGCAACACAGGGAGUCAACCAAGCAACAAACACACGGGAUGCUCUGAAAGGGAGACGCGUAAAGAACAUUUGACCUGCUCAGUUUGCGCUAAAAUCUUUUCCAAAAAGAGCGAUUUCACUCGACACAUGCGGACGCACACCGGAGAAAAACCCUUUACAUGCUCGGUUUGUAGUAAGAAAUUCUGCCAGAAAGAAACUAUGGAAUCGCACAUGAGAACACACACGGGAGAGAAACCCUUUAGGUGUUUAGUUUGCGAUAAAAGAUUCUCUCACAACGCUUCUGUGGUGUCACACAUGAGAACGCACACAGGAGAGAAACCCUUUCAAUGUUCCGUUUGCAAUAAACGCUUUUCCCACAAUGCCACCAUGGUAUCCCACAUGAGAACGCAUACAGGUGAAAAACCCUUCAGUUGCUCAGUUUGUGGCGAGUACUUUUCUUACAGAUACAGCUUGACCCAACAUAUGAGAACACACACGGGAGAAAAACCCUUUACUUGUUCCGUUUGUGGUAAAAUGUUCUCCCAAAAGGUAAACAUGGAAUCACACAUGACAACGCACACUGGCGAAAAACCCUUUCGAUGUUCAGUUUGUGACAAAAGAUUCUCUCAAAAAGAAACCAUGUUAUCACACACGAGAAAACACACGGGAGAAAAACCCUUUCAAUGCUCCAUUUGCGAUAAAAGAUUCUCUCACAAUACAACCAUGGUUUCCCACAUGAGGACGCACACGGGAGAAAGACCUUUUAGUUGCUCAACUUGUGGCGAAAGCUUUCCUUACCGAUACAGUUUGACUCAACAUAUGCGGAAACACACCGGAGAAAAACCCUUUGGCUGUUCGGUUUGCGGUAAAAGAUUCUCUCAGAAGGUAAAUAUGGAAUCUCAUAUGAGAACACACGCAGGAGACAAAUGCUUGAGUUGCUCCGUUUGUGGUAAAAACUAUUCUUAUGAGAAAAGCCUAACCACACACAUGCUGACACACAACGGAGUAUAAACAUUUUCAUGUCCACUUUGUGCUAAAACUUUGUCAAAUCAUGGAAGUGGCAUGCGACAUGUUCUCUCUCUCUGUAUCUCUUUGUACUAUGUACAUACAGUGUGUAUGAAGUAUAUUUUUUAGUAUGAAGUACUCUGAAAGGGUUCCUGACAGGAUUCAGCCUUUGCUGGCCAGCCGUGAUGAGCUAGCGCUCACUGUUCACUCUCAUUUCCGCAAGUGAUGCCGUCAGAGUACGACCACUCUGGAAAACAAACACGACGGUGUACGAGACGGAGGUCAUUUGCACUGAUUAUCGAAAAGAUUUCAGCAAUGUGUCAAUCGUUUUCGAGGAAUGGAGAACUUGCAGAACAUGGCCUUAAGCCUUAGGACAUGAGGAUUGGUGGCCUUCCAAACAUGGAAUGGUACAUGUACGCCUCAAAAUGACCCUUUAAGCUCAAGUCGUUAUGUGGAUAAAACACCACAAUCGACAAGACCAAAGAGCUGCCAAGGGACCUCAGGGACAAGAAGCAUGUGAUGGAGGGACCGCUUGUGCAAAAUUUCUCCAUCUGCCAUUAAGAUGAUGAGAAAGGUGAGGAACCAGUCCGGACAGUCAUCAAGGAAAGCAUUUUGGUUUUUAGCAUUUAGCGUUUUGGUUUGUUUGAGUUGGACCUUCUGGAACAGAUUAA